UUAGUAUGUAUCGAUUCAUAUUGAGGUUAGAUAGUUUCAUACGAGUAGUGUGAAGGUUUAGUUUGUGCUGAUAAAAAUCGAUAUAAAUUCAUACAACAAAGCACAAUUAAGAACAUAAGUGCUGGAUACGAUUGUAAAUUGGUAAUUUCUUACACAAAGAAAAUGCAAAAUAUUCGCCAAUGUAUGAAAUAUCUAGCAUUAUGUAGUAGAUCUAUCAUAAAUAAGACAUGUAUUUUAUCAAAUGCAACAAGGACAAGCAAUUUUAUACCAGCAUGCAGUUUACAUCUUUCUUCGACAUGCAACACAAACUUAAGAAAAUACAAGUCCCCGAAUUUUUUUCUUCAAUAUAACAAGACCAUUUUCCCACCACAAAAGCCUGAUGAACCAAGAAGACCUGCUUAUGUAUGUCAUAUGAAAGCUAAUAUCAAGUAUAGUCUUAAAAAAAUGUGGUAUAUCGCAUCUUUCGUGAGAGGUAUGUCAGUGGAUGAAGCUGUGAAACAAUUGAGCUUUAUAUCCAAAAAAGGUGCUGCGAUUGCAAAAGAAGUUAUUUUAGAAGCUCAACGCUUAGCUGUGGAGGAACACAAUGUAGAAUAUAAAAGCAAUUUAUGGAUAGCAGAGUCAUUUACAACCAAAGGUGUAGUAGUAAGAGGUAUACGGCGUCAUGCUAAAAUGCGCAUGGGACAUAUCCGUUAUGGAUAUUGCCACUAUUUUGUACGCUUAGAAGAAGGACCACCCCCGAAACAUUAUUAUCUACCGGAGCCUAAGAGUGGUGAAGAGUUGUUGGAAGACUGGUUAAAGCAAAUGCAUAUGCGUAAAGUGUCGAGUUCUCUGUAAUUACUGAUAUAUGGAAAUUAAUAUACACAAAUAUACAUGAAUAUGUAA